GCGGUGGUUGAUUUGUGUACUAUGCGGUGGUACGUGUUUACCGAACCCUUUACAUCUGUCAAUAUAUUAUAACCAAUAAAUGCCGGGUUUGCGAUUGCCGAAAACUCGAGAAAUACGGCCUGAUAACAUUUUCUCAAGAGUAUCGUAAUGUAUUCAUGAACCAUCACUAUAAAACGAAGUAAAUUCUUCAAGUAAAAUAAUAAUUCAUGGCAUCAAAAUUGGGAGUAAAAGAUGUCUGAUGCCUUUGAAGAGAUUCAGGCGAUAAAAAUCAAAAGGAACAGUCUACGAGAAAAAUUACAGAAACGAAAGCGAGAGAGGCAUGAAUUAUUUACUCUCACAUCGUCUCCAUCUCCUUCUGAAUCCCUUGCAGCAGACACAUCGACGCCCAACACCAAGUCAGAACUUGACGGGUACGAGCAAGAUGUUCUCCAAAUCUUACACGAAUCUGCCUCAAAUCUACCAAUCCCGUCUACUGAUAUCGUUGAGCAGCUCAGAAAAACCCUUAACGUGGAAAUAUCGUUCUCAGAUAUCAACAAACUGCUUGAGAAAUUGUCGGCGCAGAACAUUGUUCGAAUCAAAGAGAUCACAGAGAACGAUGUUGUCGGGUAUACGAUUUUGUCCAUGUCUGAAACUAAUUCUCAGGCAGAGUUGUUGGACUUGGACAAUGAGGUAGUAUCAGAGAAGAAUCUUGUAGGUGAUGUAAGUAAUGAAGGUCCGCCAGAUAAACAGAUCAAGUUAGACAAGAAGAACACAGAGGAUAUCAUGUCCCUAAUAUCCAUGCCUACUAUAAGAGAAAAAGAGAGUAAAAAGGUUGGGGAACAAAUCCUUGACCUUUUAUCAAAGCAAACUUCGAAGGAAAAGUCUCUGGCAGAACGCUUUAGGUCCCAGGGAGGUGCCCAAGUUAUGGAAUUUUGUCCCCAUGGCACACGAACUGAUUGCCUGAAACUGAAUGUGCAGACUGGAACUGCGAAUGAAAAAUGCAAGAAGCUCCAUUUUAAAAAAAUUUUACAGAACCACACAGACGAGUCAUUGGGAGAUUGCAGUUUUUUGAAUACCUGCUUUCAUAUGGAUACUUGCAAGUAUGUUCACUACGAAGUGGAUGGUCCUACUGCUCAGCCAAAGGAUCAGGGUGAAAUUGACGUGACUAGGGGUAUCACUGUCACUAAAACUACGAUACAGGAUGUCAAGACUACAAGUAACAAUAAUGGCUCAACGGGUGGCUCAGAACUAACACUUUAUCCCCCUCAAUGGAUUCAGUGUGAUUUGAGAUAUCUGGACAUGACGGUAUUGGGAAAGUUUGCCGUGAUAAUGGCAGACCCACCUUGGGACAUCCACAUGGAACUUCCAUAUGGUACAAUGUCGGAUGACGAGAUGCGCCAGCUCGGCAUUCCUGCACUUCAAGAUGAGGGUCUUCUAUUCCUGUGGGUCACCGGACGUGCGAUGGAAUUGGGCAGAGAAUGUCUACAACUUUGGGGGUACGAUAGGGUGGAUGAAAUUAUUUGGGUCAAGACAAAUCAGCUGCAGCGUAUCAUAAGAACUGGCAGAACGGGGCACUGGCUCAACCAUGGAAAAGAGCACUGCCUAGUAGGGAUGAAAGGUUCCCCUCGGGUGAACAGGGGCUUGGACAGUGAUGUGAUAGUUGCCGAAGUAAGAGCGACAAGUCAUAAACCAGACGAAAUUUAUGGUAUCAUAGAGCGUAUGAGCCCCGGAACAAGAAAGAUUGAAUUAUUUGGCAGACCACACAAUGUUCAGCCAAACUGGAUAACCUUAGGUAAUCAAGUGGACGGUGUGCGAUUGAUCGACCCACAACUCAUAAAAGCUUUUAAAAAACGAUAUCCCGAUGGAAAUUCUAUGAAGCCAACUAAAUCGUAGUGGGUCCAUUGCAUUACUUUUAGCUACAGAGUAAGUAAACUCAUUCAUUAUACCCACAAUUAGAUAAUUGUAGUAUUACCUAUAUUUUGGAGAAUUUACAACGGAUGUUAAAAACCUGUUUUUUACAAAAAAUAAAAAAAACCUAAUAAUACGUAAAGUCGAUGCGCUGUUGCCCAGACCUCGUUUGUUUCUCAAAACUUGAAAUUUAAUCAAAUUUUUGAACAUCAAUAUAGGUAUAUCUAUUAAGAUCAAUGUUUAUAUCAUUGACUUUUAUUCGUCCUAAACGUUAUUAAGAAAUCUUUUUAUUUACAACGAAAUUAUUAAACUGAUCUGGAAUAGGUAAGUGCAAAUGACACGUAACUAGCAAUCUACCACGGCCGGUAUAUUUCGACACACUGGAAAGAAAUAAAUCUCCAGAGUGUUAAUGUUCAUCGGAUUAUCUAUUUUGUACAUUGCUCACAUUGCUCAUGACUCUGUUGUCCUGACUUUUCUGUUUUCGAUAAAUGAACACCUCACGUUCAUUCUAUUAUACAAUCUGUAAAUUUAAAACUCACUACACUGGCCCAAGGGCUGAUGUGCAAAUCGUGUAAUUACUGUAAAAAAUAAACCAUUUCAUUUCCUA